CGACAGGUGGGGCCCGCAUCCCAGCCCCACCAGUGACGCGUUCGUUCAUCGCCUCCUCUCCCCCACGUUGCCCUUCCUCCGUCUCUCGCCGUCUUCCUCGUCUCCCUCCCUGCUCCGCCUCGCGCCGGCUCGAAACGGCCAGAGAGAGGAUUUGGUGGGGAAAGAGAUGUACGCGGACCAGAUCUCCACCGGCCGCAAGCGCUCCAUCCAGGAGCGCCUCGACGGCGACCUCACCGCCGGCCGCGCCGCCGGCGGCCGGGCAAAUCACGCGGCAUCCAAGAGGCAACGACAGAUUGAAGAAAAAUGGAAGCAUGAUCUAUAUCGGGAAGGCGAACCAGAUUCAAAAUCAAUGGAUCCAAGGGAUUUGCGAUUGAAGCUUCAGAGGAGAAGCUCUCAGCAAGCCUUUACUGGCACAAAGAGUUCUGGGAUACGUGAUCUUCGCGAGAAGCUAUCUGGAACAAUGCAUCCACAGCCAUCAAAUGCUGACCCUCCAAAGCCAAAGCCAGUAUUGGAGGUUGUCAAAAUCACAAGGCGUGAAAAUACCGAUGAAAUGCCUGCGCGCCAAAGUAAGAAAGUAUCAAAACAGACUUCAUCCAAGAAGACAUCUCAGCCAAAGGCUGAAAGUCCACUCGACAGUUUCCUGAGUUCACUUGGACUUGAGAAGUAUUCAAUUACCUUCCAGGCAGAGGAGGUUGACAUGGCAGCCCUAAGGCACAUGACUGAGAGUGAUCUGAAGGCUUUGGGCAUCCCAAUGGGUCCUCGGAAGAAGAUUAUCCUUGCCUUGGAAUCAAGAGAAUACGGCAAUGGCGAAGGAGUAUAAUGUAAAAAGCUGUGGAGAUUUAGUAGCCAUGCUCAUCUGCAAGUUUGACAAACCGUUGUAUCCGCGUGGUUUGGAAGGAUACAAGCACAACAAUGUGGGGUUAUUGUAAUGCAUGUUCUGUCCCGAUGAGCAUGCUCAACCCAGUUUAGGAUGUUUAGAAGGCAGGUCAUAGCGACUAACGCUGUAAGAUUAUCAGUUUCCUGUUAAUCAUCUGGUCAAGUGCUGGCCAGACAAAUGGUGAAGUUGUAUGGUAAUGGUAUACAUGCUGUUGAAGCUGUCCGAUUGUUUUGCAA